UCCUUAUUUUUCACGUAGUCUGAUUAUCGCUAGAUUUAAUCGUACAAUGGAACGUGGUCAAUUAUCCGUUCAAAUUUAGGAAAUACCUUUGGCGUCGAGACUAAAAACAUGGUGUCUUUGGAGCCAUGUGUUUCUGGUAUCCAUUUACACCGUUUCGACGGGUUAUCGACAUGUUAAAAUAACAGUAAAGAACGUGACAGUGACUUUGGAUCGAUCAUUUCAGUCUAUUGAGAGUUCAUUUGGACACUUCCUAACAUUCGAAAUGUUCUACUCUUUUAGUUAAAAGAUUUAAAUAACAAUCGGACACGCCCAGGAUAUAAUUGGAUUUUAGAAGCAUGGAUUCUGCCACUGAAUUGCAACAGAUAGAAAUAUUAGCCAAAGAAGCAGAGUGUCUAAAAUUACGGCUAGACGACGAGAGGCAAAGACUAAACGAUGUCACACUCUUCAGCGUGGCGGAUAGACUAGAAGCUAUAAAUUGUAUGAAUGUUAAACCUCGCCGUGUUCUAAAAGGUCAUCAAGCAAAGGUUUUGUGUUCCGACUGGUCACCUGACAAGCGCCACAUUGUUUCCUCGUCACAGGAUGGAAAAAUGCUCAUAUGGGAUGCAUUUACCACAAAUAAAGAACACGCGGUUACCAUGCCGACAACCUGGGUGAUGGCUUGUGCUUAUGCCCCUAGUGGAACUCUUGUGGCUUGUGGUGGACUAGAUAACAAAGUUACGGUGUACACACUAAGCCUUGAAGACGAUGUUUCUGCUCGCAAGAAAACAGUAGGAACUCACACUUCAUACAUGUCAUGCUGUGCAUUUCCAAACAGCGAUCAACAAAUUUUGACCGGUAGUGGAGACAGCACCUGCGCUCUUUGGGAUGUAGAAAGUGGACAGCUGCUCCAAAAUUUUCAUGGACAUUCAGGCGAUGUUAUGUCUCUCGAUUUGGCUCCAAGCGAAACGGGAAAUACAUUUGUAUCGGGAAGUUGCGAUAAAAUGGUUCUUAUAUGGGAUAUGAGAAGUGGUCAGUGUGUUCAAAGCUUCGAAGGUCAUCGUUCAGAUGUUAAUUCGGUCAGGUUUCAUCCAAGUGGCGAUGCAGUAGCAACAGGCUCCGAUGAUGCAACUUGUCGUCUUUUUGAUUUGCGGGCAGACAAAGAAGUUGCCGUUUAUGCAAAACAAAGUAUUAUAUUUGGUGCCAAUGCAGUCGACCUCAGCGUGAGUGGUCGCCUUCUUUUUGCUGGUUAUAAUGACUAUACUGUCAAUGCAUGGGACACAUUGAAAUGCCAGAGGGUUGCGCUACUCUACGGUCAUGAAAACCGUGUGUCUUGUUUACGUGUCUCCCCUGAUGGUACUGCUCUUUCGACAGGGAGCUGGGAUGCGACACUUCGAGUCUGGGCUUAGUAAUAUUCUGCUAAGCGCUGCUUUAGCUCUGUUUAUAAAUUUAUCUAGAAUCGAUACCAUCUAUUAUUGUUGAGACAAGCACAUCGAUUGAUGGCUUGGAUGAUGUGACAAGCUGGUCUUGGCGUUUUAAAGAUCUAUUGUGAUUAUUUAAGUUAAGGAAUGAACUGUUACACACACAUACAUAUGUGCAGAUUUAGAGCGCUCCAGAUACUGAAUUCAACUGCAAUACAUUUAGCAUACCUAGAUCUAAAAAACGAAAUUACCGUACAUUGUAUAGUACUAUACAUAAACUGAAUUCAUGUAUAAUAAAACAACGCAAGGUGUAGUAGACACGAAUUGUAUCGGACGUUGUAAAACUGCAGGAGAACCCAGACGAUUGAUGAAUAUCACAUCCUGCGUGUCAACGUCGAUUAUUUAUUUAAGAUGUAUAGUUUUAAAUGAGAUAGAUAGACCAAACUGGAUGUGAACUUGUUAUGUUCUUACUGUUAAUAAUAUAAAUUAACAAUCGUAACAAAAAAAUUCCGAUUCGUAUUCGUAUAUUCACCCGCUAUCGAAAUGUUUUACUGGAGAGAUAGGAUACAUUAAAUAAUUCUAUAUUUCUGCACAUUAUUUUUAUUUCAAUAAAUAUUUUGUUAUCAGCGUU